AUGGCCAAAUUAGUGAAAAUGCUACGAUUUAAAGAGUAUUUAGUAAAUCUUUCAUUUCGUAUACACAUAUUAAUAUCAAUUUUUAUACGCCUGGCUUUAAUAUGUUAUGGACAAUUGCAUGAUAAACACUCGGAGGUGCCCUAUACGGAUAUAGAUUAUAAGGUGGUUACAGAUGGUGCCAGACAAAUACUAAAAGGCCAUACUCCCUUUAAUCGUCACACAUAUCGCUAUAGUCCCCUAUUGGCUUAUAUGCAAUUACCAAAUGUGAUUUUGCAUCCCAGUGUGGGAAAAAUAAUUUACUCCUGCUUUGACCUGCUAGUGGCUAUACUAAUCUAUGCCAUUGUCCAUGCGGAAUUACAAUCGCAGUGCAACAAAGCCGUACAAUAUCUACUAACAAAAUAUGGUAAAUCAAAUAAAUCUACAACAAGUGCCAAUUAUGGUGAUACUGAUGAGCGCAAUAGACCGGCCAUGAUAGCAAAAAUCUCGGCCUGCUUUUGGCUAUACAAUCCUUUAACAGCCAUCAUAUCUACGCGUGGUAAUGGCGACAGCUUCUCCAGUUUCUUUGUCAUACUUACGAUAUAUCUGCUGUCCAAGUCGGAGGAUUGUACCAGGAAAAAUAAACGCAAUUGGUUUAUUUUAUUAGCCGGUUUAGCCCAUGGUUUUGCCAUACAUUUACGUCUCUACCCUCUACUAUUUAGUUUAGCCUUUUAUCUCUGUUUAUCGGAGCGUUUAGUGCGCACCUUAAAGGAGUUUUUACGUAUUGUAUUAUUUCCUUCUAGCAAACAAUUGUUAUUAGUAUUUGGUACAUUUAUGAGUUUAUUUUUAAUAACAGGCUUCUUUUAUUGUCUCUAUGGCUGGCAAUACAUUUACGAAGCUUAUCUGUAUCAUUUUGUGCGCAAAGAUGCUAGACACAACUUUUCCCUGUACUUUUUAAUGCAAUACUUAAGUGGCGGUGCUGUGGAAACCUCCCUCUUGGAAAAAUCACUUAUUAUGUUGCCUCAAUUUAUAUUGAUUUUAUAUCUAAGUUUUGCCUUUGGCCAAUAUCGCCAGACUUUACCCUUUUGCAUCUUCGCCUUAGCCUUUGUUAUGGUUACAUUCAAUUCGGUGGUGACGUCACAAUAUUUUGUUUGGUAUUUGGCCUUAUUGCCCUUAUGUCUCAAUAAUUUACAAUCAAUAACAUGGCUGCAAGGCGCAGCCUAUUUUGCUUUAUGGUUAGUGGCCCAAGGCUUAUGGCUUUUGCCAGCCUAUCUAUUGGAGUUUAAGACAUGGAAUACAUUUUAUUGGAUAGGCGCUCAAAGUGCCUUUUUCUUUAUGGUCAACAAUUUGCUAUUGGCACGUUUAAUAGAACAUUAUAGCUUUACAUCGUUUAAGGUUAAUUUUAAGAAACUUUUUUAGAAAUUUAGGCAAUUAAUAGCAAACACAACUUGAAUUAAAAAAAAUUAUAUAGUUAUUUAAUUGAAUUAAAAAUACAAAUUUGUAAUAGAAUAAAACAAGAGUAGUUUUCCAUUAUAACAUUUUUUAUAACUUUAAAUAAAUAUAAAUGCAUAUACUUAUACUGAAUUCAAAUAUAAGAA